UAGCCGGAAAUGAACCGCAGGGAUUCCGGGAGUGGCUGUGACAUCAUAUAGAGCGGCGUGGUGGGGCGAGGUGGUGAGGUCAGAGGUCAUGAAGUGUGAGAAGUCGGGGCGGCAUCACCGGAGGAGAGCCUUAGUGUACCGUCCUUCCCCUGAAAAUUCUUCCAGCACGUUACCGUCCCUACAAAGGUCAGCGCUUAAGCCCGAGGUCAGCCUCACCCAUGAGAAUCUAACAGAGCAUGGAACCGGAGGCAAGAGAGUGCACAGGGCCUGUCCCUCUGUGUCGCCUCUUGAAAGAGAACACAAGAAGAUUGUCAGACCAGGGCUUAGGGAUGCCCCCCAGGAGGUGGAGUCUCUACACCUGAGGUCUCAGCAAUCUGACAGGGCAUCCUGUAGUGAGGAGUGGCCCCUGUGCGGCAGAUUAAGGCCAGAUGGAGCAGAAGACAACGUGGAUGGAUCCGACGAGUCCACAUUCCAUACUCCACCUUCAUGUUUCCCCUCUGUCCCAGGCACCUCCACUCCUCCUCCACAGGUCCACUCCCAUUCUUUACAUCUACCACCUCCCUCAGAACCGUCCUCUAAGUUACCAAGCUGGAGGCUUGUUCCUCUUCUGCACAAUGUGCGUUCUAAACUGGAAAGCUUUGCUGAGAUAUUUCUCAGUCCAAUCAAGGGCCGUAGGGACACCAACACCGAACAGAUGGAGGAGGAAACAGUGGAAGAUGAAGCAUUAGCCCAGGGUAGUGAUGAGCAGAGAGCAACUGAAAAGGAGUCUCCGGUACCAGUAGCAGAUUUAAGUCCAAGGGGCAUGGGUUUGGUAUCUCUGUGUCUGACAGAUAAAAUGGAGGAACAGCAAGGACCUUCAGGAGGGCUUGAGUGUUCUAAAGCUCAUGUAGCAGAACCUCUAGGAGGGCAUGACAGUUAUGAGGGUGACCAAGGACCUCAUGGAGGGCAUGAGAGUGAAAAGGCUGACUUUCUAGGAGGUCAUGAGUCUGACCACAGUGAAACCAAAGAAGGUGACAAGUUCUUAGGAAACCCUUUGGAGGAGGCUGCAGAAAUAGACUCAGGGAUCUCUGUCGAGGAUUGCAGCAAGGAUACAGCUAACCCAGUGCCUGAAAAUAGCAUGAACAUUCAGCUUAAAAUUGCUGUUUCCAGUGCAGUGCCAACACUUUGUCGCCCCCCACUUCAGCGUUGGGUUUCUUGUCCCUCUCUGUCCCCCGCUGCUGCGCUGCAUCCCCAUUGCCCAUCUGUUCCUCGUGGCAGGAGUCACAGUCUGGGCACCGCGGAAGACAGCAGAAAGUUCUCCACCUGCCCGCACGCCUAUGCACAGCGCAAAGCAGCCUCCAGACCCCGGAUAAGAAGGCAUAGUUUAGGCACAGUGGAUGAAUACAGAGACUGGCCGCUUCCCCCCUUGUCUUUUUCUUGCCUGAAGAAGGAAAUGCACCCUUUUCUUCUGAGCCACUCGGCCAGUAUGGGGAAACGAUACCAUCUUGGCCACCUGAUGGCCCAACACAGUCCAGAACAUUCUUUACACAGCCAGCACUCCCUUCACAGUCCCAGCAGGGGCGAAAGUGGGUUGGAAAAACUCUUCACCAGCCCAGCUCACAGCAGAAGCGAAUCACAAACAGAAGCUUCUCUGUCUGAUUCUGAGCUCAAGGACCCAGAAAGCUGGAAAGGUGCCAAAGCCGGAAAAGUCUCCAACUUCCGGAUCCGAAAAAGACCCAUGAGGCAAGAAGGGAAGUUAACGCCAAUGGGUCUUCCCAAGCGUAUAAGGUUACAGAAGGAAGAAUUCAGCCUGGAAGAGAUCUACACAAAUAAAAAUUACCGUACGCCUACAGAGAAAAGGACAUUCGAGACCAUAUUUGAGGAACCGAUCAUGAAGGGGGGAAACCUUGUUUUGACAAGUCACCGUCCAUUGAAACGCGUCAUUGUAUUUCGGGACUGUACAGUUGCCCCUCGUAAGCGCAAGAGGAAAGGGAGAGGUGGGGGCAGGGGGCGUCGAGGAGCCCCAAACACAGAGGGAGAGAAAGUUAACAUUGAUGUGUUACUGCAGCACAAGCUGAGCCAACUGGAGGUUGCACUUCAGGAAGAGGAAGAAAUGAGCUGAGGGCAGCAGCUCUGGAAACCCCCUGACUACAUAAUGACUCAAUACUGUAGGUCAAGUUUAGGAAAAGAAAAACACUACUACUUACCUCACUGUUGCCCAGCCCAGAAAACCUCUCUGCUCAGGUCCAAGUGCACUCGAUCAUUGCCAUUAUACUGUUCCGUCAAACUGUUGGAGAUACGGCUAUACCCACUUCCUUCCAAGGAAAGCCACCUCCUGCAGCUCCACUCCGUCCAGUCUUCAGCAAAUCCUUGCCUUUGCACACCCCUAUGCCUUUGUAUAUAGACUUUCUGGAUCUUUGUUACAAGAUAAAGCAUACAUUUUCUAUGUAUAAAUAAAGUAUACUGAAGGUUGAAGAGCACACAGAAGCACGAAGAGCCCAGCGUUCCUCUGGCAUUGUAGCUCCUCUGAGCUUUUUGGGUGUUCCGUAGUUACAAAAUUACAGUAUUAAGAAAUAGAAAAAUAACACACUAUCACAUAU